AUGGCUCUGUCUUACUUGCAGGAACAGCAGUACGCUGCAGGGUACCUGGCAAAUCCGGGCCACGGUGCGAUGAGGAACGAUGCCGUCGAUAAGCAGCAUCACCUACAACAGGCCGGCUCGCCGCCGUUGAACAACAACAACAACACGAGCAGUAGCAACCACAACCACUCGGGGACGGCGGUGCCGAUCCACCAGAGCGGCAAGGCCCACGGGGGCCACCACCAGGUGAACCACGCGUCCUCGGUCCUCAUGAACAUGGCGAUGAUGAACCCGUCGACCCUCGCGGCUCUCGCCAUGAUGCAGCAGGGCAUGACCCAUCCCAUGUCCGCGGCCAACUUUGUCCCGUCGCUCUACAACCCGCACUACAUGGCCGGCUGGCCGCCCUCCGCCUCCUCGCCACCCUCGGGCCUCGCCACCGGUCCCACGUCCCCGGCCCUCAGCAGCCAAUCGGCCAGCAGCCACCACAGCACCUCCCAAAAGCGCCCCGGCAAACACGCCCUCAACAACAACAACAACAACAACAGCAGCCACGUCAACAACAACAACGUGGUCAGCAGUAGUAGCAGUAGCGGUGCCCAGAGGAGGAAGCAGGGCCCGGUGUUGAAGAAGCAGCGCAAGAACCCGGCACCGAGGAUGAAGACCGCGGUGGACGGGCCUGUGAUGGACUGCAGAGCGGAGGCGCCGAGUCCCGCGAGCUCGGGCAGCCCCAGCGAGACGGCCAAGGAGCAAAACGGGGCGAGGGUCUUCACGUGCGACGUCUGCAACAGGUCCUUUGGUUACAAGCACGUACUGCAGAACCACGAGAGGACCCACACCGGGGAGAAGCCCUUCGAGUGCAAGGAGUGCCACAAAAAGUUCACGCGGGAUCACCACUUGAAGACCCACAUGAGGCUGCACACGGGGGAAAAGCCGUACCAUUGCGACCACUGCGACCGCGACUUUGUCCAGGUGGCCAACUUGAGGCGCCACUUGCGGGUACACACGGGCGAGCGGCCCUACACCUGCGAGGUAUGCAACAACAAGUUCAGCGACAGCAAUCAAUUAAAGGCCCACCAGCUCAUUCACAAGGACGAAAAGCCAUUCGAGUGCAAACAGUGCCUGCAGCGCUUCAGGCGCAAGCACCACUACGUCCAGCACAAGUGCCUCCCGCCGUCCGAGGUUGCCGCUGUCCCUGGAACUGGUGGUAGGUUGGUCGGUCAGGCCCUGCCCGAGGAACCGGUCGAUGCCCUACACGUGAACGACGAGGCCGAGGGUGGAGAGAUGGUGGGAGCCGACGAGGAUUUCGAGAUGCGGCAACUGGUGCGCCGGCCGUAUCAGCAAUUGGGGCAGUCGUCGCCCGUGCAGAGGCACUUUGUCGAUGGGCCAGUUAACCAAGAGGUGGGCUACUUUGCGGAUCUGCCGAUGCAGACCGAGCCGGAGGACCUGUCGAUGCCCAGCUCGCGCUCGAGGGUGUACCCCGAGUUGUCCCCGCUACAGAGCAGCCGUUCUGGUCGCAACGACGCCGAGAGGCCGCGUAGAAGGUAG